AUGGAAGAACUUACGGCGUUCGUCUCCAAGUCUUUUGACCAGAAAGUGAAGGAGAAGAAGGAGGCGAUCACGUACCGGGAGGUGCUGGAGAGCGGGCCGCUGCGCGGGGCCAAGGAGCUGACCGGCUGCACCGAGGCCGGCCGCGACGACCGCAGCAGCCCGGCAGUCCGGGCGGCCGGCGGAGGCGGCGGCGGAGGAGGCGGAGGCGGAGGCGGAGGAGGCGGAGGAGGUGUAGGAGGAGGAGGAGCAGGCGGAGGAGCUGGAGGAGGGCGCUCUCCUGUCCGGGAGCUGGACAUGGGCGCUGCCGAGAGAAGCAGGGAGCCGGGCAGCCCGCGACUGACGGAGGGUAGAAGGAAGCCAACGAAAGCUAGGGUCCGGGCUACGCUGCUUCUCCCCGGCGAGGCGUUUCGGUUUCUUGUGUCCCCGGAGCUGAAAGAUCGCAAAGAGGAUGCGAAAGGGAUGGAGGACGAAGGCCAGACCAAAAUCAAGCAGAGGCGAAGUCGGACCAAUUUCACCCUGGAACAACUCAAUGAGCUGGAGAGGCUUUUUGACGAGACCCACUAUCCCGACGCCUUCAUGCGAGAGGAACUGAGCCAGCGACUGGGCCUGUCGGAGGCCCGAGUGCAGGUUUGGUUUCAGAAUCGAAGAGCUAAAUGUAGAAAACAAGAAAAUCAACUCCAUAAAGGUGUUCUCAUAGGGGCCGCCAGCCAGUUUGAAGCUUGUAGAGUCGCACCCUAUGUCAACGUAGGUGCUUUAAGGAUGCCAUUUCAGCAGGCAAGUGCACUCGCCACGCUGGCCGCGGAUUCGGCUUCCGCCGCCUCGGUAGUCGCGGCGGCAGCAGCCGCCAAGACCACCAGCAAGAACUCCAGCAUCGCCGAUCUCAGACUGAAAGCCAAAAAGCACGCCGCAGCCUUGGGUCUGUGAUGCCAACGCCAGCACCAAUGUCGCACCUCCUCCGCGGCACUCAGCCUACACGCCCUCCGCGCCCCGCUGCUUCUCCGUUACCCCUUUCAGACUUCGAGAGCCGGCCCUCUUUCCUCCUCACUGACCAUCCCUUGUUCCCUUUCGCAUCCUGGACUCGGAAAGGCAGACUCCACGCAGGACCAGGGAUCUCACGAGGCACCCAGGCGCUGUGGCUCCUGCCCGUUUUCCUACCCGAGGGCCUAGAAUUCGGUUUUGUAGGAGCGGGUUUGGGGGAGUCAGGAGAGAGACUGGACAGGGGAGUGCUGGAACCGAGGAGUUUGGCUCACCGCAAAGCGGCAACGAUGGACUCUUGCAUAGAAAAAAAAAAUCUUGUUAACAAAAAAUGAGCAAACAAAAAAAUUGAAAGACCGGAGAGAAAAA